UUUCAUGCAAUCCAGGCUUGGUCUGGGGAUCAUCGGUCUUCCAUCAUGCGGUUCACCAAAGUAAUCAUAGGCUGACAAAUUAAGAUGGACAGCAACGCCUACUCUAAAGCCUCUUCAAUGUGAAGCGUCCUUACAACGCCAACCUCCGUGGUUAAGCGUUAUGCUGUAAUCAAGACCAUGGCAAGAAGCGCUUCCCGAGAUGAUAUAUAAUCCGAAGAAGCGACCGUUGUUGCUUCUCACUAUCAGGCUUCACAAAAUCGUCACUACUUCCGGCUACAGUCAACUAGCACAACUUUACACCUUGUAGUCAUGGCUACUUCUUCGUUCCCUCAACGUCCUUCUUCAGCCUCCUACGAUGUUGUCAUCAUAGGCGGCGCAACAAGCGGCUCAGCAAUUGCUUGGUUUCUCGUGUCGAACCCUGACUUCAAGGGCAAAGUUCUCGUUGUCGAGAAAGACCCAUCUCUUGCCUACUCUGCAACUCAGGCCAGCAAUAACUGCAUGCGUCAGCAAUUUGCGACUGAGAUCAAUGUCAAGAUUGCUCAGUAUGCUGCCGAAUUUGUCAAAGACUUUCGCAAGAACCUCAAGUGUGAGGAUGACGACGGCAUCCCGGAUAUCCCUAUCCGCAACUUCGGCUAUCUGUAUCUCGCGGAUACUUCUGAGUUUGCUGCCGUUCUUGAGGAAGAUCAAAAGCUUCAGGCUAGCUGCGAUGCUGGGACUAAGAUGCUGUCGGUUGAUGAAAUAGCAUCCAAGUAUCCUUUCUUCGCUCUGGAUGACAUCAAGACGGGCAGCCUCAACAUUGUUGACGAGGGUGCCUUUGACGCCCUCGGCAUGGUCCAUAGCCUGCGCAAGAAAGCUCAACAGCUUGGGGUCGAUUACAUCAACAAUGAAGUUGUUGGAAUGACUCGCGUCGGCAACAAAGUCACUUCCGUUACUCUCAAGACUGGGGAGAGCAUCAGCGUUGGCAAUGUUGUCAAUGCCGCAGGAACCAGAGCUGCCGAGGUCUCGCGGCUUGCUGGUAUAGAUCUCCCGAUCGAGGCUCGCCGCAGAUACACGUACAUCUUCUCCGUCGAUGAACCUCUGUCUCAGGAUCUCCCGCUCACCAUUGAUCCUACUGGUGUUCACAUGCGAUCAUAUGGAGAGAAGGAUUACCUCGUCGGCUGCCCUCCAAUCGGCCCCGAUGUUGCUGUCAAUCCCGAUGACUUCAGCUACGCGGAGGAUGUAUGGACCUUGAAGAUGCUGCCUGUUCUCAAGAAGCGAGUUCCUCAGUUUUCCACUGCGAAGGUCACGCACUCGUGGAUGGGCCAUUAUGAGUUCAACACUUUCGACCACAAUGCCAUCGUUGGAUCACAUAAUGAAGUUUCCAACCUGUCAUUCUGCGUGGGCUUUUCUGGACAUGGAAGUCAACAGGCUCCCGCUUGUGGACGAGGUGUCGCAGAGCUCAUCACGUACGGAGAGUUUCGCACUCUGGACUUGUCGGCUUUGGGUUAUGGUCGGAUUGCUCGCAAUGAGCCUCUGAUGGAGAGAGCUGUUAUCUAGAUCUGUAGAAUGGUUGAACGUUAGAACUCUUCAUACUGCAUUGCCAUCUCAUUACCUUCUCCAGC